AUGGCUGAAGAUAUGCAACACUCGUUUUCAACCUCACCUGCCACCUCACAACCCAACAUUGCAACAGCUCAAAACUCUACAGAAAUCCACAAUCCAAUUAUUGAGCAAACAACUCCCACCCCAAGCUCAAUUCCAACACCAGAUCCUUCAACACCAACCACGCCUACAACAAUACCAGGUGACCAUCAACAUACAAGCUUUGGCCAGACAUCACAAGUAAACUUCACUCCAGAUACAUCUUCUUCACCAGCCACCACUGCAUCAUCUUCACCCAAAGUUCAAAAAGUCACUCUUGAGUUAUGCACUCCCUCACCUGCCAUACCUGCAUCUUCAAAUAUUACACAUCCAGCCACUGAAAGUCCAGAAAGUUUAAACCCAACCCUCAAAAUCAGUAUAUUGAUUGAGACACCCAAGUUGGGGGUUUUUCUCUUCGCUGUUAUAGUUCUUCUUCUCCAUACGCUUUCUAUAUUAUCUUCUCUCCCCUGUAUAGUCUUUCAUGCAGAGUUGAGAUACCUUUUUACACUCAGUGUUGCAAAAGUUCUGUCAAAUCUUGAACAUCUUCAGGUUUUUGAUUGCCUGGUUAUGAAAGAACUCAUACAUACCAAAGAUAGAGGAGAAGAGACAAUUACAUUCCCCAAGUUGAAGCUUCUAUUGUUGAGUGGGCUACCAGAGUUAUUGGAUUUGUGGGAUUUGUGCCAGAAUGUCAACAUAAUUGCGCUACCACAACUCAAGGAGUUGAGAAUCAGCGGAAUUCCAAAUAUCACAAGCAUUUAUUCCAAGAAUAAGCCGGCAACAUCUUGCUUGUUAAAGGAAGAUGUUUUGGUUCCUAAGUUGGAGAAACUAUACAUUGAGCAUAUGGGUGGUUUGGAGGAGAUAUGGCCUUGUGACUUUAGGACGAGUGAGAAAGUUAAGUUGAGAGAGAUUGAAGUGGUUGAGUGUGAAAAUCUUGUGAACAUAUUUCCAUGCAAUCCCAUGCCAUUGUUGUGUGAGCUUGAAGGGUUUAAAGUCAAGGAUUCUGGUUCCGUUGAAUCGUUGUUUAACAUCGACUUGGAUUGCAUUGGUGAGACUGGAGAAGGCGGCAACAUCAACAGUUUGAGAAACAUUGAAGUAGAGAAAUUAAGGAAGCUAAGGGAGGUGUGGAGGAUAAAAGGUGGUGAAAAUAACUCUUGUCUCCCUAUCCGUUGCUUUCAAGUUGUUGAAAGCAUAAGUAUUGAGAGUUGUAAAAGAUUUAGAAAUUUUCUCUCACCUCUUACCACUGAUUUUGAUCUCGGGGCACUUAUCUACAUGAAAAUAGAUGAUUCGGAUGGAAUCAGAAGAAAAUAUGGAUCGGUGGAAAGUAGCUCAGGGCAAGAGAAUACUUUAUUCCCAUCAUGUCUCACACACUCAUUUCAUAAUCUCCAUAAUCUUAAGUUGGAGAGAUAUCUAGGAGUAGAGGGGUUUCUUUAUGCGUUCCCUUCACCUCCGUUGAUGUCGUUUUCCAAGGCCUGGAUAAUCAGCAUCAUCGGUAAGUGGAUGCUUGCGUGCUUAAUUCCUCUCAACCCUACAUCAGCCUCACGUGAUAAUGUGAUUCACGAAAUGAUGUCGUUUUCUGAUGAAAGCUGCCUUCUUGCUUGCUUCCGGUCAGCCUGA